AGGCUGUCUCCUCCUCAGUCCAGAGACCAGUCAUGCUGUCCUCCUCCUCCUCCUCUGCCUGUUCAACCAAGCUGCCAGUUAGCCAUGAAGCCAGAGAGAAGAUGCAUGUCAAACAGGCGUUUAGCUCAGAUGAUAAGCCAUUGGGAAGUACCAGAAAGUCUAUAAAAACUACUGGGGAGUUUCACUGUAGUGGUCAGUCAGAAGAGACAAAUGGAUCGUCCAAAUGCAAAGCUGCUAAGAACAUCUUUCACCACAAGGGGGAGACAGCCACAGAUAUGGUUCACUAUAAUGAUGAUGAGUGUGCAAUGUGUAAGGAUGGAGGGGAGCUGAUUUGUUGUGAUGGCUGUCCUCGAGCUUUCCAUCUGACAUGUCUGGACCCCCCACUCACAUCCAUACCAAGUGGCCCUUGGCAGUGUGAUUGGUGCUGUGGCAACACAGUGAAAAGAGAGAAAGCCCAACUACCUUUACAACCACCAAUUGCCCAACCACAGCAAACAAACAGUAGCUCCAUCAUAGACGUCUCCUUCUUCACUCCGCUGUCAUCCUCAUCUUUCACCAGCGUCACAUCUUCCAUGAAUGGAGUCAGCGGCAGAAGCCAGUGCUCAGGUGGAGAGCUGGUCACUAUGAAGGAGGUGUGUGGUGUUUGUCACCUGGCGGGAGAUCUGACUCACUGCCUUCAGUGUUUCGGGCAUUUCCAUGCGCACUGCCACUUCUCCAAAGGGAGGCCAGUCUGCACGUCCUGCUCCAGGCCUUGGGGCAGCUCCACGGAGAAGGAGGCUGAAUCCAGAGGACUACAGCUCGCCCCGGUGGUUCAAAACACACUCGGUCAAGAACUGAGCUCCAGUGUCCCUGAGCCAGGCCUCCAUAAAGAUGAACUGGACUCCAUCCUGGGAGAUGGAUCCAUUGACGGCAUCUUGCAGUGGGCUUUCCACAGUAUCUCUCGGCCUCUUCCAGACUCUCAAGGAUGCUACCAGUGACAGACGGGCCAUCAGUCCUGGCUGUACCCAUGCAUGAGCACUACUUUGCACUACACAAUAAUGACAAAGACAGCCAAUUAAAAACACCCAACAGAGUGGAGUAAACGUCUCAUAAUGGCUUAUGUUAGGUUGGUUAUGGCAUUAUUUGUUUUCAUAUUUCAAAUGAUUUAAUAUCUUUUCAAACAGCACCUUUUAAAAGAUGUGCUCAGGAGAUUGUGAGUUCAUGAACAAACAUAAAAGGUAACUAAACUCAUUAUUCACGCAUGCUUUUACAUGAAAAUACGCCAUGGUGGCACAUAAAACUACCAUUGGAUUGGUGUACAAUGAAAUCUGUGAAUUGUGAAUUUGUUCUGUUUUUUUUUUUUUAACUCAUACACAGAUGAGUAAUGUAAAAUGUCUAUACUUCCUGUUUGUUAGCUGAAUUUCUAGUAACACACACCAGCAUGCACAAAGAGUGAACAUUGCUACUUAAAUCACUUCCAAAACAUAUAGGUUUUUGACGUAAACCAAGGUAUGUCUAUUUUACUGUAACUCAUGCCCAGACUAACCUAUUAGGUGUUCCCCUGGCAAAAAUUCGCAGUUCUGACCAUCUACUCCUGCUCUCUGUGUAAUGUACUGUCUGGCCUCUGGGUUCCUGUUAAGCCCAGAGCACCCCUAUUCUGGAAUAAUACUUUGUGUUUGUGUUAAAUUGUAGCACUCUUAGCAAACAGUUUCAUUUAGGAACAUGCACCAUGCAAGCAAUGCAUACCAAAUAAAGAAAAAUAAUACAAUGAAAAAAAAUACAUUUUUUACCACCCAUUAAUCAAAUGUCCAAAACCAGCUGACAUGCAGUGAAGUUGGGGCUUUGUGGGUCACUGUGGAUCUGGGGUUACUUCCUUCAUCCAGUUGGUGACACUUGUCAUGCCUAUUUUUUAGGAGGAUUUAUUUCCUGAAAAAUGACAUUGCAAAGGUGGAGCAACUUCAGAUUUUUGUGAACAUCCACGUCACCCCAGUGUGUGUGUGUGGAGCAUCACACCAUAUCUGAAUAGGACUAAUUGUGUAGGACAUGAGCUCUGUGGGAGGGUUGGCAGUGAGCCUUGGACAUUUCUGCUCAGGCCAAACUUUUGCUAACUUAACCUAAUAAACUACAAGCUGUGUUUUCAUGUGUGUGUUUAUAUCUUGAGGAAAGCAGAACUGGGAUUCAAACAUUUCAGGGCUACAGUGAGGACAAUAACAUAAAAACAAAGCUCUUCAGAUCUUAAGGCUGGGCGAUCAGAGCU